AAUGGUUACUGAUGGUGUUUUGGCAACCAUUUAAUUUACUUAACUAUUUACAAUAUUUGGAGGAGAUUUUGAAACAGCAAUCUAAGGAAAAUUUGAAUAACAUGAAAUACUAGAAUCAAAUCUUCCUAUUAAAGCAAACAUGUUUAAUAUUCAGAUUGAGGAUCUUAUCUUUAUUAAGGAAUUAUCCCCAAGUUAAUAUAAAGAACAUUAUUUAGUUAAGCAUAAAGAUUAAAAUAAUUAUUUUGUAUUGAAGUGCAUAAGUAAGGCUUAAAUUGUAUAGGAAGAAUACUUGAAAACAUUCAUUUUAUAAGAGAAGAAAGUUGUAAUUUCCCUUUUAUUUAGCGAUUUAUUAAAACAUUAAAAGAUUAAACUUCAAUCUACUUUCUUUUCUAAAUUAUACAGGAAUUAAUCUAGGUGAUGCAAUUAAAUAGAUGGGUUUAUUAAACAAGGAAGACACUCAAUAUAUUCUUGGAACUAUGAUAUUAUGCAUAGAAUACCUCCACUC